AUGGACUCGGAAAUCAGGAUGAAGAUGUAUAUAUCAGUUUACAAUCUGGGCUCUCCUCCUUCUGAUUAUUCUGAAGAGCUUUACAAAAGGUACGAAGGCGUUUUUAUUGAUUACUUGAGUUCCAAAGUUUUACCAGCUAUUCAAGAGAAGCGUGAUGAUGAUGUAUCUAUGUUGGAAGAACUCGUUGAGAGGUGGGACAAUCACAAGGUUAUGGUAACUAAGCUAUCUCGAGUUUUCCAUUAUCUCGAUCGCAACUAUGUUGUGAGAAAAUCACUUCCAUCGUUAAAGGAUGCUGGGUUUGGUUGCUUCCGUAAAGUUGUCUAUGAGGCGAUGAAAGUUCGAGUUAAGGAUGCUGUUAUCACGUUGAUAAAUCAAGAGUGCAAUGGAGAAGAAAUCGAUCGGACAAUGGUUAAGAAUGUUUUAGAAAUUUUUGUAAUGGCAAGAAAUCAAAAUUAUGUGGAUGAUUUUGAAACUGCGUUUUUGAAUGAUAUUAAGGGUUAUUAUUAUACCCGAAAAGUUUCAGACUCAAGAAGACUAUCAUAA